UGAGUGUGGGGAAUGUGGGAAGAGCUUCAGCCAGAGAGGUCCCACCUCACCAUCCAUCAGAGGAUCCACACCAGGGAACGGCCCUAUGAGUGUGGGGAAUGUGGGAUGACCUUCAGCCGGAGGUCCCAGCUGACCAUCCACCAGAUGAUCCACACUGGGGAGAGGCCCUACGAGUGUCCCCAGUGUGGGAAAAGGUUUCAGACCAGCUCCACUCUCCUACAGCAUCAGCCGAUUCACACGGAUGAGAGGCCCUUCCACUACCCCGACUGCAGGAGGGGCUUCAAGAAAGACCCCCACCUCAUCAGGCACCAGCACAUCCACACUGGGGAGAGGCCCUACGAGUGUCCCCAAUGUGGGAAGAGCUUCAGUGAGAGCUGUCACUUGAGCAAACACCAACGGAGGCACGAUGGGGAGAAGCCCUACAAGUGCUUGGAGUGUGGGAAGAGCUUCAGCCAGAGCAACAGCCUGAUCCGCCACCAGAUGAUCCACACUGGGGAAUGGGCCUACGAGUGUGGGGAAUGUGGGAAGGGCUUCAGCUUCAACUCCAAACUCAUCACCCACCAGCGCAUCCACACUGGGGAGAGGCCCUACGAGUGUCCUGAGUGUGGGAAGAGGUUUCACAGGAGCUCCACUCUCCUCAGGCACCAGCAGAUUCACACGGAUGAGAGGCCCUUCUGCUGCCUCGACUGUGGGGAGGGCUUCAAGCGAAACUCCACCCUCAUCACCCACCGGCGCAUCCACACUGGGGAGAGGCCCUAUGAGUGUCCUGAGUGUGGGAAGAGCUUCAGAAACAGCUCUAACUUGACCAUCCACCAGAGGACCCACACUGGGGAAUAUCCCUAUGAGUGUGGGGAAUGUGGGAAGAGCUUCAGCCAGAAGUCCCAGCUGACCAUCCACCAGAUGAUCCACACUGGGGAGAGGCCCUAUGAGUGUCCUGAGUGUGGGAAGAGGUUUCAGACCAGCUCUCAUCUCCUCCUGCACCAGCGGAUUCACACGGAUGAGAGGCCCUUCCGCUGCCCCGAGUGCAGGAAGGGCUUCAAGCAAAAGUCCAACCUCAUCACCCACCAACGCAUCCACACUGGGGAGAGGCCCUACGAGUGUCCCCAGUGUGGGAAGAGCUUCAUCCAGAAAUCUCACUUGACCCGCCACCAGAUGAUCCACACUGGGGAAUGGGCCUAUGAGUGUGGGGAAUGUGGGAAGGGCUUCAGCUUCAACUCCCAGCUCAUCAUCCACCAGCGCAUCCACACUGGGGAGAGGCCCUACGAGUGUCCUGAGUGUGGGAAGAGGUUUCACAGCAGCUCCACUCUCCUCAGGCAGCAGCGGAUUCACACGGAUGAGAGGCCCUUCCGCUGCCCCGACUGUGGGGAGGGCUUCAAGCGAAACUCCAACCUCAUCAGGCACCAGCGUAUCCACACUGGGGAGAGGCCCUACGAGUGUCCCCAAUGUGGGAAGAGCUUCAGCCAGAGAUCCAGCCAGGGCUCUGAGCUGGUGAUCCAUGAGCAGCUUCAGGAUGGGGAGAAGCCCUACAAGUGCUUGGAGUGUGGGAAGAGCUUUGGCCAGAGGAAAACCCUGAUCCACCACCAGAUGAUCCACACUGGGGAAUGGCCCUACGAGUGUGGGGAAUGUGGGAAGGGCGUCAGCUGCAACUCCCAACUCAUUGUCCACCAGCGCAUCCACACUGGGGAGAGGCCCUACGAGUGUCCUGAGUGUGGGAAGAGGUUUCAGAGGAGCUCACAUCUGCUCGUGCACCAGCGGAUUCACACGGAUGAGAGGCCCUUCCGCUGCCCCGACUGUGGGGAGGGCUUCAAGUACAACUCCACCCUUGUCACCCACCGGCGCAUCCACACUGGGGAGAGGCCCUACGAGUGUGAGGAAUGUGGGAAGAGCUUCAGCCAGAGGUCCCAGCUGACCAUCCACCAGAUGAUCCACACUGGGGAGAGGCCCUACGAGUGUCCUGAGUGUGGGAAGAGGUUUCAGACCAGCUUCCAUCUCCUCACGCACCAGCGGAUUCACACGGAUGAGAGGCCCUUCCGCUGCCCUGACUGCAGGAAGGGCUUCAAGGACAACUCCAACCUCAUCAAACACCGGCGCAUCCACACUGGGGAGAGGCCCUACGAGUGUCCCCAGUGCGGGAAGAGCUUCACCCAGAGAUCUAACUUGACCCAACACCUGGUGGUCCAUGAGCAGCUUCAGGAUGGGGAGAAGCCCUACAAGUGCUUGGAGUGUGGGAAGAGCUUCAGCCGGACCAACAGCCUGAUCCGCCACCAGAUGAUCCACACUGGGGAAUGGGCCUAUCAGUGUGGGGAAUGCGGGAAGGGCUUCAGCUUCAACUCCCAGCUCAUCAUCCACCAGCGCAUCCACACUGGGGAGAGGCCCUACGAGUGUCCUGAGUGUGGGAAGAGGUUUCACAGCAGCUCCACUCUCCUCAGGCACCAGCGGAUUCACACGGAUGAGAGGCCCUUCCGCUGCCCCGACUGUGGGGAGGGCUUCAAGCGAAACUCCAACCUCAUCAGGCACCAGCGCAUCCACACUGGGGAGAGGCCCUACGAGUGUCCCCAAUGUGGGAAGAGCUUCAGCGAGAGCUGUCACUUGAGCAAACACCAACGGAUCCACACUGGGGAAUGGGCCUAUGAGUGUGGGGAAUGUGGGAAGGGCUUCAGCUUCAUCUCCAAACUCAUCAUCCACCAGCACAUCCACACUGGGGAGAGGCCCUACGAGUGUCCCGAGUGUGGGAAGAGGUUUCAGAGCAGCUCCACUCUCCUCAGGCACCAGCGGAUUCACACGGAUGAGAGGCCCUUCUGCUGCCCUGACUGUGGGGAGGGCUUCAAGCGAAACUCCACCCUCAUCACCCACCGACGCAUCCACACUGGGGAGAAGCCCUACGAGUGUGGGGAAUGUGGGAAGAGCUUCAGAAACAGCUCCUCCCUGACCAUCCACCAGAGGACCCACACUGGGGAAUAUCCCUAUGAGUGUGGGGAAUGUGGGAAGAGCUUCAUCCAGAAGUCCCAGCUGACCAUCCACCAGAUGAUCCACACUGGGGAGAGGCCCUAUGAGUGUCCUGAGUGUGGGAAGAGGUUUCAGACCAGCUCCACUCUCCUCCUGCACCAGCGGAUUCACACGGAUGAGAGGCCCUUCCGCUGCCCCGAGUGCAGGAAGGGCUUCAAGCAAAACUCCCACCUCAUCAGGCACCAGCGCAUCCACACUGGGGAGAGGCCCUACGAGUGUCCCCAAUGUGGGAAGAGCUUCUCUAGGAGCUCUCACUUGACCAGACACCAACGGAGGCACCGGUAAGGGAAGCCCUGCGAGUGCCCCAAGUGCAGGGAGAGCUUUCUGUCAAACCGAACACUGGUGGUCCGUGAGCAGCUUCAGGAUGGGGAGAAGCCCUACAAGUGCUUGGAGUGUGGGAAGAGCUUCAGCCAGAGCAACAGCCUGAUCUGCCACCAGAUGAUCCACACUGGGGAAUGGGCCUACGAGUGUGGGGAAUGUGGGAAGGGCUUCAGCUGCAGCUCCAACCUCAUCACCCACCAGCGCAUCCACACUGGGGAGAGGCCCUACGAGUGUCCUGAGUGUGGGAAGAGGUUUCGGAUCAGCUCCACUCUCCUCAGGCACGAGCGGAUUCACACGGAUGAGAGGCCCUUCCUCUGCCCUGACUGUGGGGAGGGCUUCAAGUACAACUCCCACCUCAUCAUCCACCGGCGCAUCCACACUGGGGAGAGGCCCUACGAGUGUGGGGAAUGUGGGAAGAGCUUCAGCCACAGCUCCAGCCUGAUCUGCCACCAGAGGAUCCACACUGGGGAACGUCCCUAUGAGUGUGGGGAGUGUGGGAUGACCUUCAGCCAGAGGUCCCAACUCAUCAUCCACCAGAUGAUCCACACAGGGGAGAGGCCCUACGAGUGUCCUGAGUGUGGGAAGAGGUUUCACAGCAGCUCCACUCUCCUCAGGCACCAGCGGAUUCACACGGAUGAGAGGCCCUUCUGCUGCCCUGACUGUGGGGAGGGCUUCAAGGAAAACUCUCACCUCAUCACCCACCAGCGCAUCCACACUGGGGAGAGGCCCUACGAGUGUGGGGAAUGUGGGAAGAGCUUCAGCCGGAGCUACAGCCUGAUCAUCCACCAGAGGACCCACACUGGGGAGAGACCCUAUGAGUGUGGGGAAUGUGAGAUGACCUUCAGCCAGAGGUGCCAAUUUACCAUCCACCAGAUGAUCCACACUGGGGAGAGGCCCUACGAGUGUCCUGAGUGUGGGAAGAGGUUUCAGAGCAGCUCCAAUCUCGUCCUGCACCAGCGGAUUCACACGGAUGAGAGGCCCUUCCGCUGCCCCGACUGUGGGAAGGGCUUCAAUCAAAAGUCCAACCUCAUCACCCACCGGCGCAUCCACACUGGGGAGAGGCCCUACGAGUGUCCCCAGUGUGGGAAGAGCUUCACCCAGAGCUCUACCUUGACCAGACACCAACAGAGGCACCAGUAAGGGAAGCCCUGCGAGUGCCCCAAGUGCAGGAAGAGCUUCAUCUGGGGCUCUGACCUGGUGGUCCAUGAGCAGCUUCAGGAUGGGGAGAAGCCCUACAAGUGCUUGGAGUGUGGGAAGAGCUUCAGCCGGAGCAACAGCCUGAUCUGCCACCAGAUGAUCCACACUGGGGAAUGGCCCUAUGAGUGUCCCCAGUGUGGGAAGAGCUUCAGGUGGAGCUCUCAACUCAUCAUCCACCAGCGUAGCCACACAGGGGAGAGGCCCUACGAGUGUCCUGAGUGCGGGAAGAGGUUUCACAGCAGCUCCAAUCUCCUCCUGCACCAGCGGAUUCACACAGAUGAGAGGCCCUUCCGCUGCCCUGACUGUGGGGCGGGAUUCAAGCAGAACUCCCACCUCAUCACCCACCGGCGCAUCCACACUGGGGAGAGGCCCUAUGAGUGUGGGGAAUGUGGGAAGAGCUUCAGCUGCAGCUCCCACCUCAAUACCCACAAACGUGUCCACACUGGGGAGAGGCCCUACGAGUGUCCCCAGUGUGGGAAGAGCUUCUCAGUCAGCUCUAACUUGACCAGACACCAACAGAGGCAUCAGUAAGGGAAGCCCUGUGAGUGCUCUAAGUGCAGGAAGAGCUUUGUCCAGGGCUCUGAGCUGGUGGUCCACGAGCAGCUUCAGGAUGGGGAGAAGCCCUACAAGUGCUUGGAGUGUGGGAAGAGCUUCAGCCAGAGGAAAACCCUGAUCCGCCACCAGAUGAUCCACACUGGGGAAUGGGCCUACGAGUGUGGGGAAUGUGGGAAGGGCUUCAGCUUCAUCUCCAAACUCAUCACCCACCAGCGCAUCCACACUGGGGAGAGGCCCUACGAGUGUCCCGAGUGUGGGAAGAGGUUUCAGAGCAGCUCCACUCUCCUCAGGCACCAGCGGAUUCACACAGAUGAGAGGCCCUUCUGCUGCCCUGACUGUGGGGAGGGCUUCAAGCGAAACUCCACCCUCAUCACCCACCGACGCAUCCACACUGGGGAGAAGCCCUACGAGUGUGGGGAAUGUGGGAAGAGCUUCAGAAACAGCUCCUCCCUGACCAUCCACCAGAGGACCCACACUGGGGAAUAUCCCUAUGAGUGUGGGGAAUGUGGGAAGAGCUUCAUCCAGAAGUCCCAGCUGACCAUCCACCAGAUGAUCCACACUGGGGAGAGGCCCUAUGAGUGUCCUGAGUGUGGGAAGAGGUUUCAGACCAGCUCCACUCUCCUCCUGCACCAGCGGAUUCACACGGAUGAGAGGCCCUUCCGCUGCCCCGAGUGCAGGAAGGGCUUCAAGCAAAACUCCCACCUCAUCAGGCACCAGCGCAUCCACACUGGGGAGAGGCCCUACGAGUGUCCCCAGUGUGGGAAGAGCUUCACCUGGAAAUCUAGCUUGACCAAACACCAACGGAGGCACCGGGGAGGGAAGCCCUACAAGUGCUUGGAGUGUAGGAAGAGCUUCAGCCAGAGGAAUACCCUGAUCCGCCACCGGAUGAUCCACACUGGGGAAUGGGCCUACGAGUGUGGGGAAUGUGGGAAGGGCUUCAGCUUCAACUCCCAACUCGUCAUCCACCAGCGCAUCCACACUGGGGAGAGGCCCUACGAGUGUCCUGAGUGUGGGAAGAGCUUUCACAGCAGCUCCAAUCUUCUCGUACACCAGCGGAUUCACACAGAUGAGAGGCCCUUCUGCUGCCUCGACUGUGGGGAGGGCUUCAAGCACAAUUCCACCCUCAUCACCCACCGGCGCAUUCACACUGGGGAGAGGCCCUACGAGUGUGGGGAAUGUGGGAAGAGCUUCAGCUGCAGCUCCAGCCUCAAUACUCACAAACGCCUCCAAACUGGGGAGAGGCCCUAUGAGUGUCCCCAGUGUGGGAAGAGCUUCACCUGGAGAUGUACCCUGGCCCAACACCAACGGCGGCAUGAUGGGGAGAAGCCCUACAAGUGCUUGGAGUGUGGGAAGAGCUUCCGCCGGAGCACCAAACUGAUCCGCCACCAGAUGAUCCACACUGGGGAAUGGGCCUACAUGUGUGGGGAAUGUGGGAAGGGCUUCAGCUGCAGCUCCCAACUCAUCAUCCACCAGCGCAUCCACACUGGGGAGAGGCCCUACGAGUGUCCUGAGUGUGGGAAGAGGUUUCGGAUCAGCUCCCAUCUCCUCGAGCACCAGCGGAUUCACACGGAUGAGAGGCCCUUCCGCUGCCCUGACUGUGGGGAGGGCUUCAAGUACAACUCCACCCUUGUCACCCACCGGCGCAUCCACACUGGGGAGAGGCCCUACGAAUGUGGGAAAUGUGGGAAGAGCUUCAGAAAUAGCUCUAACUUGUCCAUCCACCGGCGCAUCCACACUGGGGAACGUCCCUAUGAGUGUGGGGAAUGUGGGAUGACCUUCAGCCGGAGGUCCCAUCUGACCACCCACCAGAUGAUCCACACUGGGGAGAGGCCCUACGAGUGUCCUGAGUGUGGGAAGAGGUUUCGGACCAGCUCUGAUCUCCUCGUGCACCAGCGGAUUCACACGGAUGAGAGGCCCUUCCGCUGCCACGACUGCAGGAAGGGCUUCAACCAGGGCUCUGAGCUGGUGGUCCAUGAGCAGCUUCAGGAUGGGGAGAAGCCCUACAAGUGCAUGGAGUGUGGGAAGAGCUUCAGCCAGAGGAAAACCCUGAUCUGCCACCGGAUGAUCCACACUGGGGAGAAGCCCUACGAGUGUGGGGAAUGUGGGAAGGGCUUCAGCUGGAGCUCUCAACUCAUCAUCGACCAGCGUAGCCACACUGGAGAGAGGCCCUACGAGUGUGGUGAGUGUGGGAAGAGGUUUCACAGCAGCUCCAAUAUCCUCCUGCACCAGCGGAUUCACACAGAUGAGAGGCCCUUUCGCUGCCCUGACUGUGGGGAGGGCUUCAAGCUCAACUCCACCCUCAUCAACCACCGACGCAUCCACACUGGGGAGAGGCCCUACGAGUGUCCCCAGUGUGGGAAGAGCUUCUCAGGCUCUGAGCUGGUGGUCCAUGAGCAGCUUCAGGAUGGGGAGAAGCCCUACAAGUGCUUGGAGUGUGGGAAGAGCUUCAGCCAGAGCAACCGCCUGAUCUGCCACCAGAUGAUCCACACUGAGGAAUGGGCCUAUCAGUGUGGGGAAUGUGGGAAGGGCUUCACCUGCAGCUCCCAGCUCAUCAUUCACCAGCGCAUCCACAGUGGGGAGAGGCCCUACGAGUGUCCUGAGUGUGGGAAGAGGUUUCAGACCAGGUCCCAUCUCCUUGUGCACCAGCGGAUUCACACGGAUGAGAGGCCCUUCCGCUGCCCUGACUGUGGGGAGGGCUUCAAGCACAACUCCACCCUCAUCAGGCACCGGCGCAUCCACACUGGGGAGAGGCCCUACGAGUGUCCCCAGUGUGGGAAGAGCUUCAGCCACAGCUCCAGCCUGAUCUGCCACCAGAGGAUCCACACUGGGGAACGUCCCUAUGAGUGUCGGGAGUGUGGGAUGACCUUCAGCCGGAGGUCCCAGCUGACCAUCCACCAGAUGAUCCACACAGGGGAGAGGCCCUACGAGUGUCCUGAGUGUGGGAAAAGGUUUCAGAGGAGCUCCCAUCUCCUCAGGCACCAGCAGAUUCACACAGAUGAGAGGCCCUUCCGCUGCCCCGACUGCGGGGAGGGCUUCAAGCGAAACUCCCACCUCAUCAGGCACCACCGCAUCCACACUGGGGAGAGGCCCUAUGAGUGUCCCCAGUGUGGGAAGAGCUUCUCCAGGAGCUCUCACUUGACCAGACACCAACGG